AGUACCUUGAUCAAAAUUUGAAAAGGAGUAGGAUUUUAAUCAAUGGAGUAGCAAAAGGAAGGAUGAGAACCUAAUUUCUCAAAAAAUAAAUGAUGGAAAGAGAAAUAGUUAAUUUGAUCCACAUAUUUUGCUUAAGGGGGCUUUAAGCACGGGAAGACAAAACCAUGUGAUCCCUCUUGAGCUCUUGUUCCCUUCUAUACCCCAUCCGGAUCGCCUUCACCAUAUAUUUUCUCCAAUAGAGGAUAUUGUACAAGUCUCUUCAACUAUAUAUACCGUAUGAACUCAUUGGUUAAUGACCACCAAAUUAAGUAUACAACAUCACGUCUAAUUUUCCUUGUUUCACAAGUUCCUUGAGAUGUUCCAGUUUAUAUAAACUCAAUUACCAGUCUUCUCUCAAGAUUCACAACAAUGGGGUUCCGUCUUCCAGCUGUAAUUCCUGCUGAGAAACUUCUUCGACGCUCUUUUUCAAAUUCAAGUCAAGGAGCUUUGUAUAAUUUAGCAGAUGUCCCAAAAGGUUAUUUUCCAGUUUAUGUUGGCGAGAGUGAGAAGCAGCGGUUCAUUGUUCCUAUAUCCAUCGUCAAUCAGCCUUCAUUUCAAGACUUGCUAAGUGAGGCUGAAGAAGAAUUCGGAUAUGAUCACCAAAUGGGGGGUUUAACAAUUCCCUGCAGACAAGAUACCUUCAUUGAUCUCAUUUCCCACUUGAGUGCAUUGUGAGACUGGAUAUUUAAUGGAGAACAAUUACAUCAACUGUGUGUUUGUUACAAUUUUGUACACCAGACAUAUCCCCAUCUUGUACAAUUUUUUUUCGAUCCAGGAGGAAGAAAUAUUGUCCCCCUGGAAUCGAUUAUGUAAAUGGAGACUCUAGUAAUAUUCAUAGCUUCUUUACAAUAAAGAAAUAUUGUCCCCCAAAAAUCGAUUAUGUAAAUGGAGACUGUAGUAAUAUUCAUAGCUUCUUUACAAUAAAGAAUUAUUGUCCCCCUGGAAUAGGAUUUUGUAAAUGGAUAAAUUUCUUCUACA